AUGUGCGGCAAUAACAUGUCUACUCCACUGCCCGUCGCCAUGCCCACCGCCCGCAAGGCCACCCCCGCAGUCAUUUUCCUUCAUGGAUUGGGAGAUACGGGGCAUGGAUGGGCAGAAGCAUUUGCAGGUAUCAGAAGCUCGCAUAUCAAAUAUAUCUGCCCGCACAUGCCAGUUAUGCCAGUUACCUUAAAUAUGAAGAUGGCUAUGCCUUCAUGGUUUGAUACUAUUGGGCUUUCACCAGAUUCUCAGGAGGAUGAAUCUGGAGUUAAACAGGCAACAGAAAAUGUAAAAGCCUUGAUGGAUCAAGAAGUGAAGAAUGGCAUUCCUUCUAACAGAAUUAUUUUGGGAGGAUUUUCUCAGGGAGGAGGUCCUAUCAGCAGCAUCAACAGAGAGGUAUCUAUUCUUCAGUGUCUUGGAGAUAGUGGUCCUUUAGUUCCCCUAAUGUUUGGUUCUCUGACUGUUGAAAAACUAAAAACAUUGGUAAACCCAGACAAAGUAACCUUCAAAAUCUAUGAAGGCAUGAUGCACAGUUCGUGUCAAUAG